CGCGGCAGGAUGUCAGGUGCUGUCGCGCAUUCUCUCACUCGGUCAAGUCAAUCAGUCAGUCCGUCCUGCAUGUCAUGUCAGCCCUCGUCGGCCGCACUGCCCUGAGCGGCCUCGUCUUCGUCGCUGAAGGCGUCAGGGCAGUUGGCCUUGAGCAUGUCAAACGUCUCCGCGCACUUGUGGCGCAACACAUCAACCGCACGCUGCACUCGCUCAUCGACAGACAGAGAACAUAUGGCAUCACACACACACACACACAAAAGCCCGCAUUUAAAUAUGGGUGUAGCGUAGGCCUCGUCUCCCUCCUGGUCGAUGUGUGUGUCUGUGUGGUGUGUGUGUUUGCCUGCACACCUCGAAGAGCUGGUCUGCGGGGAUGCAGCCGGUCGACUCGAUGUUGACUGACUCACACACAUCACACGCACCCCACAGAGAGAGAGAGAGAGAUCACCAUUAAUGCUUGACAUUACAGAGUCGGUGGGUGAUUCCUUCUUCUCUGUCUGCUCACAGACUCACAGAUGAAGUGGUUUUUGAUUUUGUUGACUUGGACUCUGCCGGGGAACCUCUCCAUACACACCCGGCAGGUGGUGCACUGACGCACAUUCGUCACCACCGACUCAACACCCGUCGCUGCAGGCAGGAAGUGGACAGCCAGCACACACACACACACACACCCACACACCCACACACACAAAUGGCCGAUCUGUGAGUACAGCUCUCUCUGUGUGUGUGACCCACGUGUGUCUUCGAUGUCGAAGCAGUUCAUGGGGCAGAGGUCUUUGAGCUCCUGCGCCUCAGCGUCAACCAACGGGCCCUUCGGGAACACUGAUUACCCACCAUUGACAGACACCCACACAGGCAGACAGACAGACAAACAAACAAGUGCGUAGUGAUGCUCGUGUGUGCGAUGGACAGACACCAUCUCGCUGACUAACCGAGUUCCGGGAAGAGUCUGUAGACGGCUGUUGCAACAGGCGACCACUUGGCAUGGUCCUUACCCACGCCCUUCUCACAAUACGCCUCCAGCUCGAUCUCCUGCAGACACACACACUCGCACAUGGACACACCGAAGGCAUCCCUUCUCAUCCACCCCACCGUUCCACCCCACCCACUUUGGUGCCCCAUGCACCUGCCCAGCGCCGAGUUUGGUGAUGAGUAUGUCGGGGUAGACGGGAGCGGGCGGCGGAUACACCUCACCGUCGUAUAGCUCCACUGCCUGCUCAUCGGUGGCUCCUGCUGCUGACGCUGCUGACGCUGCCGCUGCUGCUGCAGGUGUGUGCCUGGAUGGUUGUGGCGGUGGGAACUUUUGCCUCUGCAGGUCGCUCAGGGGCUCGUAGACAAAAUCACGACUGUACACUGAAGAAAUGACAGACAGACAGACAGACAGACAGGGAGGGAGUGAACAGGGCAUUUGUGGAUGGAUGUCUUUGACAAAAGGGUUGGCUGGGUUCGGUUGUUUGUGAGUCUGACUGACUGACCGACCUGAUCUGACGCCCUGGUCGCACUUGACGUGCAGCUUGAACUUGACCGAAUUCUCAGCACUGUGCUCCUCAUUCUCUGACGCACACACAAAGAUAUAUGCCCACCCACAUGCAUGAAGCCGCACACACCACACCACAAACAGUUAGUUGUUCAUGUGCGUGAGUGAGUGAGCGUCUUUGCACCUCUUCGGUAUUCGAAGUGCUGCGGGUCCAGCCUGAUGGGAAUCAGACCCAGGCGAUGAACCAACACCUCAUCGCACAACACACCUGCACACCACCAGCACACCCACAAGCUCAGGCCACGAAAGCAUCGCCUCUCGAGAUCCCCUCCCUGUGCCGCGUGUGUGUGUCUGAACGCACCUGUGUUUUGGUAGACUUGUAUGGUGUGGAGAGCCAUGGUGGGCACCUCGGCAAUGAGGAUCCGCCUGAAUGCGUUGGCCAGGGCCGCGUCGAUGCCCCUCAUCUCGAACCGAACCAGCUCGUCGGUGCGGGUCAGCAUCCGCACCUCAAGCUCAUCCUUGAAGCCCUCCAGCGAAAAGGCAUCGUCAUGAUGCAUCGACGAAAAGGUGCCUGAACGGGAGGAGAGGAACAAACAGGAGUGCCAUGGUUGGACUGGACGGACGGACCAUCUUUUUAUGCAUGGUCUUGCAGUCAGUCAUUCUGACGGCCAGACAGACCUACCGGCGUAUUCAUAGCUUUCUGUGUAUCUGGGUCCCUCCACGCCGCAGAUGACCCGCGACUUGUGCUGCUGCAGGUGAGCAGGAAGGGGCCUCUCCUCAUCUUCAUCCAUCGAUGUCACUCAAUUGGGCACACCGCGCCAAGAUCAAGCCUGCUAGAGCUUCAGAAACACACGGAAAUGGUCAG